AUGGCGGAUUUUCGAUUUUGGCCGGUUUUUAUGUGGCAUUUUUGGACACGUGGAAUUUGGGCGAAAAAAAUUGGGACACGUUUUUAUUUUUUUUUUCAAAAAAAAAUUGCUCUUUUUGAAUUCCCGUGAAAAAAUCUGGGCCACGUGUAAUUUUUAUAAUUUUCAUUUUUCGAAAUUUUGUGAAUCCGAAAUUCCACGUGGCUUAUUUUCUCAAAAUUAAGGUAAGCAUGGAAUUUGAUGACUAGGCACUGUAAAUUUAGAGAUAAAUGGCCUAGAAACCUGAAAAAACGUCUGGAAACCCGGAAAAUGGCCUUGAAAUUGAAAAAAAAAGCCUAAAAAUCUGGAAUUUGGCCUAGAAACCCGAGAAAUGGCCCAGAAAUCCAAAACCUGGCCUAUAAACCUGAAAAUGUCCUAGAAAUCCGGAAAACGGGCUGAGAAACUCGAAAAUCACCUAGAAACUAGGAAAAAAUAGCCUAGAAAUCCGAAAAAAUGACCUAAAAAUUCAGAAAAUGGUUUAGAAGUCUAAACCCUAGCCUAGAAAGCCGGGAAAUGGUCUAGAAAUUCAAGAAUAGCCUAAAAAUCUGGAAAUCGGCCUAGAAACUCUUUCAAAUUUGUUAUUUUUCCAGAAUCUCCAAGCCAAAUGGCGUCAACAAGAAAAAGAAGAAGAAGAGCAUCGAAAAUUGCAAGAAAGUAUGCUAACCGUCCGAGUUCGCCUAAAUUAUCCAUUCCCCUCAAUCGUCAAGAAUCAAAAGGGUGAAAACUUGGAUGUUCUGAAAUACAAACGACAAAUCGUUGAUGAUUUUGUUGAAUACGUCACCGAAAUUUCGAGAUAUCAAACAAUCGCAACAGUUUUUAAUCAGGCGCUUGAUUUCUUCACGGAAAGAGCGAAGUCGUAUGGGCUGACGAUAUCGAGAAACACUUCGAGAAUGAUAUUUUAUGAGAGGAAUAAUACUUUGAGACGGAUAUUUGCAUCGAAAGCGGAUAUGGAGAAGAAAUUGAGAUGUGUUUUUGAUCCACAAAUGGUUGAGCCACAUCCAUUGUAUGUGAUUAAGUUUUUGUUGGAUUCGAGAAUUGCGUCAGGUUGGUUUUUUUGGGAUGGAGAGUAGCUAAAAAAAAUCUGAAAUUCAAGAAAUUUCGAUCUGAAAAUGUUCAAAAGAAAAAUGUUUCAUAAAAUUCUCUGAAUUUUUUAAAUGGCUGAGAAUCGAUUAAAAACUUUGAAAAAGCAUAUUUCUUGACCCCAGAAAGUCGUCAGAAAUUUUUAAAAAAUUGAGAAAUAGUUUAGUGUGAGCAAUGCUUGAAUUUUUAAAGGGGGUACGGGCUAAUUAAAAUUUUAUGGAAAAAAAUAUACCAUCUGAAAGAGGAGGUUUCGUUCAGUAUGUUCCCAAAUUUUCAUAAUUAUUUUUCACGUUUGAAUACCAUUUUUUCACGCGCAAACACGAAAAAGUUGCGCUCGACCUCAGAGAAAUAGCAUAGAGAAACGAGAGACACAGCGUAUUUAGGCCCCGCCCCUUCUAUGCGCUGUGUCUCUCUUUUCUGCAUGCUAUUUCUCUGAGGUCGAGCGCAACUUUUUCGUGUUUGCGCGUGAAAAAAUGGUACUCAAACGUGAAAAAUAAUUAUAAAAAAUUGGGAACAUACUAAACGAAACCUCCUCUUUCAGAUGGUCUAUUUUUUCCAUGAAAUUUUGAUUAGCCCGUAACUCCUUUAAUGUUUCAAACAUUGCUCAUAUUAAAAACUUCUUUUUUGAAUUUAGUAUGGCUGAAAUUCGAAUUUAAAAAUUUGAAAACGUUAUUUUUGACCCCAGAAAAUCAAAAAUAAAUUUUGAAGGUUUUGAAAAUUCCGGAUUUCAGUAAACUUGAAAUUUUGAGCUCUAAAAAUUCUUCUGAAAUAGUUUAAUAUGAGCAAUCCUUGAUUUUUCGGAAUUCUAUAAAGUUUCAAACAUUGCUCAUAUUAAACUUUAUUCCAAACCUCUGAACCUUCUCAUUUUUUUCAUUUUCCAGUUCCAUUCCCAAUCGAACCAUCCGGCGGAAUUCUUCUCCAAAUCCAACGUGUCGACAUCGCAAAACGCACAACAGUUCCCGAACUAUGUGUCUAUAUUCCACCCGGCGAACCAGUUAUUCGAACAAAAUUAAUUGUUGGUCAACAAUUUCGCGAUGAUCAACGAGAAGUUCUCGCAGCUCGUUUAGUUUUGGAAUCGAAAACCAAAGAAAACGAAUUUGUGAAUAUUGACGGUGGAAAUAUGAAUGGAAAGAUAUUUUCGGAUCUAAUCAAGGAAUAUGUUGGAAACUCAACAGCUAUUGUUUAUUAUGAUGGUGGAUUGAGGCAAAUGUGCUCGAAUGAAACGAUUGAAGCGACAGAAGCUGAUCGGAAAUUGCCAUUCGAGAAAUCGACAAUGUUUGAGAUUUUGGAUCGCAAAUAUUUUGCGUCCAUUUUGAAUGUUCGAUUGCCUAGUCAAGAGGAGAUAAAUCGCGCGGCUUCGGUCAGCGGAGCUUAUCAUGGACCAACAUGGGCUGAGACUGUUGGAGCGAAUGCGGCGAUUUAUGAGGAGGAACGAGAAGAGGAUGUGAUUCGGGAAGAGGAGAAUGAGAUGAGAAUUGAUUUGAGUGGAGUUGAGGUGAGAUUUUGGGGAGCUUAAAAUCAGGAACUUUCGGGAAAUGAAAAUUGAAGUUCUAGUGAAUUUUCUUUUAAAAAUAACUUUUUUCUUUUUGAAAGUUACUCUGAAGUGAGUUUUCAAGAAAUUAUCUUUACACAAUUCCAAAAAUUUAAUUAUUAACAAGCUAAGUUUUGCCUGAAAAAUGUAAUUUUAAAAAUAUGAAUAAAUUAUUCGAAUUGUUCCAAGAUAAUUUCUUGAAAACCCAGAAAUUAGUGAUUUUCAAGUAGAAAAUUUUAAUUUUUAAAAUGAAAAUCCACAGAAAUCUAGAAACUUGAAUUUUGAUUUCCAAAAGGUUUUUCUCGUCUUAUCGAAGAAAAUAUUCAGAACCCCUUUUCAAAAUGAAAAUCCACAGAAGUCUAGAAAAUAAAACUAUCCCAAAUUCCAACUCCAUUCAGAUUCCCAAAGAAGACAACGAAGAAAUCCCAUCUGGCCGAGCUUCAACUGUCUCAAUGGGCUCCGAUGAUUUGACGGGAUUGGUGUCUGGCAGUUUUUGCAACAACACACCGCAAAUGUCGCCGAGUGUUUCGGAAAAUGAAUAUGGUGGAUGUGGAGAAAGAGGAGAGAUUUCGAGUUUUGAACUGAAGGUAUCUGAUUUUUUCACGAUUUUCUUCUCCUAAUAAAAAAUUCCUAUUUUCUAGAAUCAACUCAACGCUGAAAUGACUAUAAAUUAUGUCUAUAAUUCACAUGAUAAUCACAAUUAUAUGCGAAUUAAUGAAUCGGCGAAUUAUGAGUCGAGAAAAGGGGAUAUCGAAGGAGAAUCGUUGAGUAGCGGAGGACAAUCGACAUUGGUUCCAACAGCUUCGUCGAUUAUUGCGUCGAGUUCGUCGUCGAGUGGAGAUGGAAGGAUUAUUGUUGUGUCGGCUAAUGAAACACGUAAGGAGACAGAAAAUUUGAAAAAAAUCUAGAUUUUUAACAUUGAAAUAUCAAUUCACGAAAAGUCAAAAAAAAAGUCAAAUUUAGUUUUUCGAGUUUUUCAGUCAAAAAUGAUGACAAAUCGAAAUUUUUGAAGCUUCUGGAGUGAUUUUUGAUGAAAAUUGAACCUGGGAUUAACUUUUCCGAUUUAUUUCACGAAAAAUCGGCAAAAUUUUCUGAAAAGUGAAUCCCAAGGUCAAUUUUCAUCAGAAAUCACUCCAGAAACUUCAAAAAUCUCGAUUUGUCAUCAUUUUUGGCCGAAAAACUAAUUUUUAACUACAAUUCGACAUAUUUUGAUUUUUCGUGAAUUGAAAUUUCAAUGUUCAAAUUUUUUUCGUCCGCGAAUCAGUCCUAGAGAGAAAAUUUGAAAGUCUGGAUUUUUGGGUUCAGAAACUUUUAGAUUUUAUAUUUUCUAGUCGAUUACGAUUCCGUCCUCUGAAAUUGCUGAACUCAAAUCUCUAAUAAGUCAUGACGUGGUGAAAAGAUUUUUGCCACGUCAUAACUUAUCAGGGAAAUUUAAAAAUCCCUUGUUGAAGUUUUCUCAAAAACUUUCCAAUUUCCAACUUUGCAGACCGUGUUCUCGACAUUGAUUCUCGCCUCAAAGUUGGUGAGCUCAAAAAAUGGAUUUCGACCCAACUCAACAUUGACACUUCGCAAUUUGUCAUUUUCAUAAACACUAGUGAAAGUUGUGAUCGAGGAUAUGAAUCGCAUGCAAAAGACGACGAAAUUGUACCAAAUGCAUUCCAAUCAUCGACAAUUUCAGUCAAAUUGAGACCGCCGUUGAAAAUUGAUGAGAAAAUGAUACAAGUUGUUCAAUUUGAUAUGAAUGAAAAUGUGGUGAGAUUUUUGAGCAUUUUGAAAUGAAAAAAUUGUGGGGAUGUUGUUUCAGAGAGAAAAAUGGAAGACACUCUUCGAAGUUCCGGCAUCUCAAAAAUCGCUGAUUGGUGAUAUUAUGCUUCAAUGUUUGAGAAUGUACAAAGAGAUUUAUGGUGUUGAAUUGACGCCGCAACAGUGAGUUUUUUGGGCAUACAUGGCACUGCUCUCAAAAUUGUGAGGGGGAGAUCAUGACAUUUGGAAAAAAUUCUCGAGGGGGGAUCAUGACAUUACAUACAAAAAAUCUAAAUUUUUAUCAAAGUGAAAUCGGUACGCUAGAAAAAAAUUGGGUGAUUUUGCAUGUGGUCAUUUUCUGACAUAUUUUUUCAGGUUCGAUAAUUUGGAAACUAGUUCUUUAGGAAUAUCGAAUGUAGAGAACGAGCGAAGAAUUCGACGGAUAUCAUUCAUUGGCUAAUUAUUCUUAUUUCUCAUUUUAUUUCUAAAAUUCUCAAUUAUAUUUUUCUAUAUCCUUCUAAAAUAAAAAAUGAGUUUAUUGUAGUAAGUUCCUUUCAGAAAUUUUCAUGCAAUUAUCAUGCUCAACCCUUCUGAACAAUUCCAUAUAAAUUAUAGACAAUGCGUUAUUUAUUUGAUAAUCAAAUUGAAAUCCAAAAAUAUUGAAUUACAAAACAAAAGAAAAAAAGUGGAUUCCACCGAGAAUUCGAUCCAAAAACCCUUAGAUUAUUACGCGCGAUCUCUACCGACUUGACCACGAGGCUACUUUCUUUCACACGCUUAUUUUUAAGUGAUAAAAAAGGGAUAGAAGGGGAGAGAAAAUGAAAAAGAGAAGGAGAAGCGGAAAAAAAUCAUGAAAUUUUUGAAAAAUUACCAUUUUUUAUCGAAUUUCGCCGAUUUUGUUAUAUGUUUCGACUGUAUAAGUAACUUAAGGAUGGUAGAAAGGAAUGUCUGUCGAAAUUAUCUAGAAGGAAGGCUUAUUUCUUGAGAUAUGAUCCCCCCCAAAAUCGAAGCCGUUUUGCUAUGUCAUUUUGGGGGGGAUCAUAUCUCAAGAAAUAAGCCUUCCUUCUAGAUAAUUUCGACAGACAUUCCUUUCUACCAUCCUUAAGUUACUUAUACAGUCGAAACAUAUAACAAAAUCGGCGAAAUUCGAUAAAAAAUGGUAAUUUUUCAAAAAUUUCAUGAUUUUUUUCCGCUUCUCCUUCUCUUUUUCAUUUUCUCUCCCCUUCUAUCCCUUUUUUAUCACUUAAAAAUAAGCGUGUGAAAGAAAGUAGCCUCGUGGUCAAGUCGGUAGAGAUCGCGCGUAAUAAUCUGAGGGUUUUUGGAUCGAAUUCUCGGUGGAAUCCACUUUUUUCUUUUGUUUUGUAAUUCAAUAUUUUUGGAUUUCAAUUUGAUUAUCAAAUAAAUAACGCAUUGUCUAUAAUUUAUAUGGAAUUGUUCAGAAGGGUUGAGCAUGAUAAUUGCAUGAAAAUUUCUGAAAGGAACUUACUACAAUAAACUCAUUUUUUAUUUUAGAAGGAUAUAGAAAAAUAUAAUUGAGAAUUUUAGAAAUAAAAUGAGAAAUAAGAAUAAUUAGCCAAUGAAUGAUAUCCGUCGAAUUCUUCGCUCGUUCUCUACAUUCGAUAUUCCUAAAGAACUAGUUUCCAAAUUAUCGAACCUGAAAAAAUAUGUCAAAAAUGAAACUCCCCACAGGAUAGUAAUUUACUACCUCAAAUCGCUAGACCUCAAAAUUUUCAUUAAUUUUUGGGUAGAUCAAAAAUCAUUUUUCUCUAAAUCUCUCAUUUUUGCGCUGAAUUUCGUCGAUUUUAGUCCCACCCCUAAGAUCGUGUCAGGUCUCUAAAAAUGCGCGAUUUUUUUUGGGUAGUAAAUUACACUCUGUGCCCCUCUCUCUUGAUAUUUUUCAUUUUUUUUCACCAUUUAUUUUUUCAAAUUUUUGACAAAAAAAUUGAGGGGGGGGAUCAUGACAUUUCAAAAUUUCGGGGAGGGGGGGGAUCAUUACAUGGAGGGUCCGUUGGGCAAAGAUGCCAUGUAUGUUUUUGGGGAGAGGAAAAUGGAUUUUGAGGAAAAAUUUGACCUUUAAAAUUCCUAACAAUAAAUAGUCUCCUGAUCUUCAUGAUGUUUCCCUAAUUUUACAGAGUUCGAAUGCGAGAUAUUCCAUUCUAUUCUAAUCACAAUGGUGGUGUUUUGUCACCAAAUCAAACAUUGGACGAAAGAGACACCACGUGGAAUACAACACUAUAUUUGCAAAUAAUUUCCGAUGAAAAUCUAUUUGGCAAACCUGGUGUUCCACUCUUGGUUCGACGAUUCAGACCAUCAACUGUUGAAGUUAGCCCAACUCAUGAGAUUAUGGUCAAUCCGAAAGCGGAGAAUCAAGUUUUGUCGUUUUUCGAAGGAAUUUCGAAAUAUUCGCAAAUUCCGGUUGAUCGAAUUGCGGUUACUGAUGUAAGGCAUUUUUCAACACGAAAAAAUACCAAUUUUUCCGAUUUUCAGCUGAAAACCUAUAGUUGGACCAAAUGGCCGUAUUGGAAAAAUCGAUUGGAAUUGUUGGAAGGGUAAGCGAAAAAAUGCGAUUUUCAAAAAAAAUAUGAAUUUUUCAGCUCAAUGUUCGUCAAAGAUUUGCACAAAGCCGACGAAAAAGACUAUAUCGCACGAGUCGGAGUUCGUGUGAUUUAUUAUAAGGAUUCGGAAGAAGUUGCGAAAAUUUUGAGCGAAGAAGAGAGAAAACAGAUUAAAAUUAAAGAGAAUGGACAGGUUCGUGCUCUAGCAAAAACAUAAUUUGAGCCAAAAAUCAAUGUAAAAAUUUCAGGUCGAAAGUGCGAAUCGCCGAAAAGAACGUCCACUUCGAAUUCAAAUGAGUAGCGUCAGCGAAGCCUAA